UUUUCUAUCUUUCGCCUCUUUCAAAACCCAGUUGCUAGUUUGCAGAGACAUGCGUCUUCUUCUUCUUCGACCUCUUCGUAAGCUCUCCUUUUUAUCCUCAAGCGCUGGUCUUCUAAUGGGCACCGUGCAACUCUUCAAGUCCACUCCUUGUCCAAACCCAUUAACUCCUUCUUCACAAAGACACUCAUUUCACUCCCAUAGACUCGUUUUCUCCCCACUCUCGCCAAAGCCCAUGUCUAAAACCCGGCCACUUUGCCUUAGAACUAAUGGGUAUUCUUAUGUCUCACAUGCCAACGGCGCCGCACCAGCUGAAUUAGAAAACGCAGAAGAAAAGAGAGUGGACUUUAACCAAUUGUCGCGUUUGAAGCUGAAAUUAGAGAUGCUUGGCAUAGACUACGGAAUAUGUAUGCCAGGGCAGUACAACCACUUGAUUUGUCCAAUAUGCAAAGGUGGCGAUUCAGAGGAAAAGAGCUUAUCGGUUUAUAUUUCAGAAGAUUGGGGUUCUGCUUUUUGGUGUUGCUUUCGUGGGAAAUGUGGGUGGCAAGGUAGAACAACGGCCGUUGGAGAUAACAAGUUGUCACGAGAAACUUCAAAUCAAAUUGCCAAAGUGAAGAAAAAAAGGGAAAUCACGGUGGAAAGUCUAGGACUGGAACCACUUUGUGAGGAGGUUCGAGUGCUUCUUGUACGGGAUUGUGACACAAAUAAUAUUUAUUACAGGCUUUUGGGAAAGUUUUCGAGUCUCCCAGAGUUCCAACCCAGAGUGCAGCGGAUCACAGCUAAAGUUCCAAACACAUAUAAUGGACAUGCUUCUUCCAUUUACUCAUUUCCUGAUUGGAAACUGAGAAGAAAUAAACGGGUUUUACCCUUAAACCCCUCUUGUCAAAUAUCUUACCCUCUUCUCCCCUAUUUUCUAUCUUUCCCCUCUUUCAAAACCCAGUUGCUAGUUUGCAGAGACAUGCGUCUUCUUCUUCUUCGACCUCUUCGUAAGCUCUCCUUUUUAUCCUCAAGCGCUGGUCUUCUAAUGGGCACCGUGCAACUCUUCAAGUCCACUCCUUGUCCAAACCCAUUAACUCCUUCUUCACAAAGACACUCAUUUCACUCCCAUAGACUCGUUUUCUCCCCGCUGUCGCCAAAGCCCAUGUCUAAAACUCGGCCACUUUGCCUUAGAACUAAUGGGUAUUCUUAUGUCUCACAUGCCAAUGGCGCCGCACCAGCUGAAUUAGAAAACGCAGAAGAAAAGAGAGUGGACUUUAACCAAUUGUCGCGUUUGAAGCUGAAAUUAGAGAUGCUUGGCAUAGACUACGGAAUAUGUAUGCCAGGGCAGUACAACCACUUGAUUUGUCCAAUAUGCAAAGGUGGCGAUUCAGAGGAAAAGAGCUUAUCGGUUUAUAUUUCAGAAGAUUGGGGUUCUGCUUUUUGGUGUUGCUUUCGUGGGAAAUGUGGGUGGCAAGGUAGAACAACGGCCGUUGGAGAUAACAAGUUGUCACGAGAAACUUCAAAUCAAAUCGCCAAAGUGAAGAAAAAAAGGGAAAUCACGGUGGAAAGUCUAGGACUGGAACCACUUUGUGAGGAGCUUGUUGCCUAUUUUUCGGAGCGAAGUAUAUCAACGGAAACAUUGAGAAGAAAUGCUGUAAUGCAAAAAACUACAGGUGUUCAGAUUUGUAUUGCAUUUCCUUAUUGGAGAGACGGACAGCUUGUUAGUUGCAAGUAUCGGGACAUCGAAAAGAAGUUCUGGCAGGAAAAGGAUACCGAAAAGAUUUUUUAUGGGCUGGAUGAUAUAAAGGGAACUAAUGAUAUCAUCAUUGUUGAAGGCGAAAUUGAUAAGCUUGCAAUGGAAGAAGCUGGCUUUCAUAAUUGCGUGAGUGUGCCUGAUGGUGCUCCUCCAAAGGUUUCCUCAAAGGAUUUGCCGCCUGAAGAGCAGGAUACAAAGUAUCAAUAUCUGUGGAACUGCAAAGAGUACUUAAAGAAGGCAUCACGAAUUAUACUUGCCACUGACGGAGAUGAUCCUGGUCAAGCCCUAGCUGAAGAGCUUGCACGUCGCCUUGGAAGAGAAAGAUGCUGGCGAGUCAGAUGGCCAAUGAAAAAUGAUAAUGAGCACUUCAAAGAUGCAAAUGAGGUUCUUAUGUACUUGGGUCCCGAUGUUUUGAAAGAAGUAAUUGAGAAUGCUGAAUUAUAUCCUAUACGUGGAUUGUUCAACUUUGCAAAUUACUUUGAUGAACUUGAUGCAUAUUAUUAUCGGACUCUUGGAUAUGAGUAUGGUGUCUCAACUGGGUGGAAAGGUCUGAAUGAGUUGUACAAUAUUGUUCCAGGUGAGUUGACUAUAGUAACAGGUGUCCCUAAUUCAGGCAAGAGUGAGUGGAUUGAUGCUCUGUUGUGCAAUCUCAGUGAAAGUGUUGGGUGGAAAUUUGCACUUUGCUCUAUGGAGAACAAGGUUCGGGAGCAUGCGAGAAAAUUGCUGGAGAAACACAUAAAGAAGCCUUUCUUUGAUAAACGUUAUGGUGGUUCUGCUGAACGAAUGAGUGCCGAAGAAUUUGAGCAAGGGAAACAAUGGCUAAAUGACACCUUUUACCUCAUAAGGUGUGAGGAUGAUUCCCUUCCAAGUAUCUCUUGGGUUCUUGAGCUCGCACAAGCAGCAGUACUUAGGCAUGGGGUGCGUGGACUUGUAAUUGAUCCUUACAAUGAGCUUGAUCAUCAACGUCCCCCAAAUCAGACAGAAACAGAGUACGUAAGUCAGAUGCUUACCAAGGUUAAACGGUUUGCUCAGCAUCAUUGUUGCCAUGUUUGGUUUGUGGCACAUCCGAGACAGUUGCACCAGUGGGUCGGGGGUCCCCCUAAUCUCUAUGAUAUAAGUGGAAGUGCACACUUCAUAAAUAAAUGUGACAAUGGAAUUGUAAUUCAUCGUAAUCGGGAUCCAGGGGCUGGUGACUUGGAUCAAGUACAAGUUUGUGUUCGGAAGGUACGGAAUAAAGUUGCAGGAACGAUAGGUGACGCCUAUUUGACAUACGAUAGGGCAACUGGUCAAUUUAAGGAUAUUGGUAUUAAAAAGAGCACAUGAGGAGAAACAGGGAAUUAUGUGAUCCACUCUGAACAUCCUUGUACAGUGGAAUCUAGUAGCGUAUUGGGGUGUCUGGUGAGUUUCCUGAUGCCCUAUGGGAGUUUUCAUGUCGCGAAACAGCAUGGUCGUGAUCCGUGACAAAGAAGGAAACCACAUCGAACCACACAGGAGGGCUUACGAUCAAAUUUUGUAUGCUUUCCUCAUUGGAGAUGUAGAUGUAGAUUUAGUGAUGUAUUCAACAAUGUAGAAGAUUCAAACUGAAUUAUGUGUUCUAUUCCGACGUCAGGAUUCUUAAUUUUGUAUUUAAUUUAUAUUUUUUUCUCAGCCAUUAGAGAUGUGGCCAUUUCACCUUUGUUUGCUGUGGCUGGAAAAAGUGGUAGAUGAAAUGGGCAUAUUUUGGGGUGA